UCCCUGUCAGUCAUCAUCGUGUCCGCCCUCUGAUAAUGCAGCAUGGGCGAAAAUACCAGACCCAAAAGCUACAGUUGAGGAAGCAGAACCUUCUACUGACAACGAUUUUGGACGACUGAACGAAAGUGAUGUUCCAACAAUGCCGAUAGUGGAUAAACUCAAGGAGGCAUUAAAACCUGGUCGAAAGGAGACAGGAGAUGAGGGUGACCUCAACAAAUUGUUGGCUUCUUCUGCCAAGAAGGUCCUUUUGCAGAAGAUAGAGUUUGAGCCUGCCAGCAAGGGUUUCUCCUAUCAGCUGGACAGCUUAAAGAACAAGUAUGUGAUCCUCAAUCCCAGGAAUGAGGGCGCUACGGGGCAGAAGCCCACAGAGCCUGCCCAAAUAAAGAGGCAAGUCUCAGAGAACGUGGUUGGGGGCCAGAGCGAUGGCAUCCCCGCCCCACAGAAGAUGCUCUUCCCAGGGAACAAGCUUACUCUCAAAUGGGAGCGUGUGUACAGGGUAGGAGCCGGCCUCCACAACCUCGGAAACACCUGCUUCCUCAACUCCACAGUGCAGUGUCUCACCUACACCCCACCACUUGCCAACUACUUACUCUCAAAGGAGCACAGCCGUGCCUGUCACCAGCCGGGCUUCUGUAUGAUCUGUAUAAUGCAGAACCAUAUCAUCCAAGCCUUUGCCAACACAGGCAAUGCCAUCAAGCCUGUCUCCUUCAUCAGAGACCUGAAAAAAAUUGCCAGACAUUUUCGCUUUGGAAGCCAGGAGGAUGCCCACGAAUUUUUGCGGUACACCAUCGAUGCCAUGCAGAAAGCCUGUCUUAAUGGCUACCCAAAGCUUGACAGGCAGACCCAGGCCACAACGCUGGUGCAUCAGAUCUUUGGAGGUUACCUCAGGUCAAGAGUGAAAUGCUCUAUUUGUAAAAGUGUGUCUGACACAUAUGACCCUUAUCUGGAUAUUGCUGUGGAGAUUCGGCAAGCUGUGAACAUCGUGCGAGCCCUGGAACUGUUUGUUAAACCAGAUGUGUUAAGUGGAGAGAAUGCCUACAUGUGUGCUAAGUGCAAAAAGAAAGUGCCAGCAACCAAACGCUUCACAGUCCAUCGAACAUCUAAUGUACUGACCCUUUCACUGAAGAGGUUUGCCAACUUCAGCGGAGGCAAAAUAACAAAGGAUGUGGGAUACCCAGAAUUUCUGAACAUCCGCCCCUACAUGUCUCAGAGCUCAGGCGAUCCUGUUAUGUAUGGCCUUUAUGCUGUUCUGGUGCACUCUGGGUACAGUUGUCAUGCUGGCCACUACUACUGCUACGUCAAGGCAAGCAAUGGACAAUGGUACCAAAUGAAUGAUUCAAUGGUGCACUCUAGUAACAUCAAAGUGGUCUUGAACCAGCAGGCUUAUGUGCUUUUCUAUCUGAGGAUCCCUGAAACCAAGAAAAAUGCAGAUGGGCAGACCACCAAGCAGGGGAUGUUGCAUCCUGGGAAGAACAGCCUAUCAUCUGAACAGAUAAAGAGGGCCAACCUGAACGGGCCUCUGUCCUCCCCGCAGGUCACAAAGAAACUUGAACCUGCACAACUGCGUAAGAUCCAGUCUGUGGAUGGUGGUCUGGGCCUGCCCAUUUCCAGGAACGGUGUUAGCACUCAGCCACAACCCAGACUUUCGAACUGGACGUCAUCCUCCAAUGGCCCACCGAAGCUGCCGGGCGGGCCCACAGUUAUCGAGGAACCUUUCAAGAAGCUGAAGAAGCCUUCUCCCCAGAGCCAAGUGCAGUCCCGCAGCAGCACUCCGACCCCCUCCAACAACGGGGUCAGCAGGACGGAGGGAGAAAAAAAGCAAGGUGGCGAGGGCAGAGGCAUCGCAGCAUCUACCUCAUUUAAGUCUUUGUCUGACUCUUCCUCUGCCGACACCUCUGACUCAAAGGACUCCUCGGGUCCCAAAAGCGCGCCAGUAGGAGAGAUGCCCUCCACUCCUCGGAAAGGCUCCAGUGGCCUGGCAUCUCCAGCCAAGAGUGUGGAGCGCUCUCAGAGCACGGAGGACCAGAAGACGGCAAAAAUAAAAUCCCCGGCCCUCAACAACAUCACGUCAGAAGCCACCAGCACCAUGUCACCUCCACCUGCCAAGAAACUGGCCCUGUCAGCCAAGAAGGCUCACAGCCGGAGUCCGAGCAACAUUGAUGCUCUGCCCCCUUUGUCGCUCCAGCUGUCCAGUGACCCCACGCAUCAAAAUCAACUUAACCCCCUCACCUCUGCCUCACCUUCUCACGCUCACAGAGCUGGUCCAUUCCAUUCUCCUAAAGUCCAGUCAUCGCCUUUUGCCCACUCAGGUGGAUCCUUCAAACAGCAGAGCCCUCAGAAACAGUCCCUUCUCUCCACACUGCAAAAACCAAACUCCAGCCUUUCUCUUAAAACCAACGGGCUUCACAGUCCCAGCCCAAAGAACCCCAAGUCUUCCAACAACCUCAGCUCCGCGGUCCAAGAACCAGACCUUAACAGCCCCUCUUCUGAAACAGUUAACCAAAAGAAGAAGAAGAAAAAGAAGCGGGGCUAUUCUGAAGUGGAGGGUGGUGCAGGGCCAGUUGCAUCCCCAGCUGUAGUGACACGUACCAACCUUGUGGAAUCAGCGAGUGAGAGGAAGCGCAAGAAGAAAAAGAAAAAACGAAAGAGGGAAACUGAGAAUGGAGAGAAAGUGAAGGAGAGGGAGUGCGUCCCGUCUCAUUUGGACACAUCAAACCAGGAAGAGGACUGGUGUCAGGGUGGCAUAUGGAGUCUAACAUCCAAUCCAGAUGCAGAACAGUCUAAGCAAAAGCCUCAGUUAGCUUCCACAACCCCAAGGCAGUGUGAGUCAAAUCAGGAAGAACAGGGAAGGGACUCUGUGUUGUUGUUGAAGAAGAAGAAAAAGAAAAAGAAGAAGAUGCAACUGGAGGAGGCUCUGCAAGACACAACUUCAGUGUGCUCUACAUCAGAAAGCAGUAGAUCUGAGAUGAAGGCCACAGUAGCUCAGAAUGGCAUGGGAGAUUUGAUAAAGUUGAAAAAGAAAUUAAAGAUGAAGAAGAAGAGGCUAAAAGAAGAUGUGAGACUGUGGCAGGAGAGCAGGAGAUGUUCAGACGGGCAGAAUGAUGAGCCUGAAGCAGCGGAGCCCCCUUCGAAAAAGAGCACCACAGAGAACGACAAAAUAAGCAAACGAAGCACAGCCACAGUGGUAAUGUGGGACAACCAAGUGAAGGAUGGCUACAAACGCAGCCAGGCACCAGCAGCUAAUGGGAGUGCGCUAGGAGACAACACCCCGACCCGUGCCUCUCCUGCAGCCUGGGAUGGAAAAAAGACAAGCGCUGUGGUAGAGGAGCUGCUCAGGAACGCCACAGAUAAGGCCUAUGGAGCCAACGUCCUCAGUUGGGAUGGAGAGGUCUCUGCGAUCAGUAGAGAUGCUGUUGAAGAUGUCCGCAUUGCAAAGAAUGACACUGUGAUCGAUGAGUGGGAUGAAGAGUUUGACAGGGGAAAGGUGAAGAAAGUGAAAAACUAUAAAAGAGAAAAGUGGAGAAGUGGCAGCAGCAUCUUCCAGAAGAUCCAGGACAGGAGGAACAAGUGGUCUGUAACACCUGGAGGGAAGAGAGUUUUUGGAGUCCGUCGCUGAGAGUCCAGGGUGCUGUUGAGAUCAUGCUGACUUGAAACCAAGACAACAAUACAGUAUACCAAACCUCUGUACCUUUUUCUCUUUUUUCAAUUUUUAUUUUAUUUUAUUUUUUUUUUAAUUUCUGUUUUGUGUUCACUCCAGACCCAAAUUCAAGAAUAGGAUUGAGCCAAAAGGAGCACAGCAGGUUACAUUAACUGUUUGACUGACAGCCACGUCAAGUUUAAACUAACCAGUAUAAUAUGCUUUCUUCACUGACCAGCUGGAUUUGACCUCUCAUAACCCCUGUUAACUCAAAUACCACAGAAAGUGGCUCAUGCUUUUCUGUGCAUGCAGUAUUUAACAGAAACCCCUUACACGUCACAUGAAUUACUGUAUCUUGGUAUCCUGUGAGCCUUAGUUAUUGUCCUGAAAUUCUGAGCUACCAUGAAAUUAUAAACAGCUUGCCAUAUCUGUGAAAGAAAGGCUAAUAAUGAGAAAGUAUAUCUGCAACUCGUUGGUUGUCUUUUAUUGAAACCUGCACACACUCAGAGCAUACUAUGCUUCUUUUGCAGACAUAAGGGCUCAGUAAGUUGGACAUUAAAAAAGUGACCUUUUUUUUUUUUUUUUAAACCCUCUCCUGAAAUUACUCAAUAUCAAAUUACAAAGAUCCAAAAUUAUUAUUCAUUAAAACUAUAAUUUUUUUAUUUUAUUUUAUACCUAUAUCCGCUAUGUGGCUUGUUUUUAAGGACCAUAUUUUGCCUGCUAAUUUUGGGUAAAAUUAAGGUUUAAAAUUGCCACCGUUUUCUAAAUGUGCAUGUUUAAACUGAUGAUGCAAAUGUAAUACGGUAAAGUUUGUUUUUAGUUCUGCUAUAUUGGUUAUGGAUCAUUUGUUUUAUUUCAGACUUAAUGCCAAUACAUUUAAGAGCACAAAAAAGUGCUCAGCCGAAUUGUGUAAAAAAAAAAUUUGGCUGUUUGUGAAAGUGCUGACAUUGAUGAACAGUACUUUAGAAACUUGAUUUCAUCAUAUCUGUACCUUUACCUGGACGUUUUCUGAGAGCUCAUAGCAAUGUGCAUUUGCAGAGUAGAGGUUGUGGUUGUUUGAGGAAAUCAGACAAGAGCAGUUAUUUUCUACUGUGCAGCUAUUCAACUCUGUAGCUCAUCUCAUCAGUCCAACACUCAGAAGCUCUCAGUCUGGAGAUUUGACCUUUCCAUUCUCUGUUAUAAACGUCACCACAAACUGUUCUUCACCAAUGUACUGAAAUAAAAGGGUUCAAUUUUAUACUUCAGGCACUGUGUUAGAAUGGGACUCCCACACGCUAAUAAUUUCUUUUCCCCUUCUUAUAUCUCUAUGCAAUUUUCUGAUGGUCAUGCUGGUCACCUACAAACUGGGCUAAGACUCAGGAACCCAGACAUCCCGUACUCCGUCUUCAUCUCUGAUCAGUCUCCCCUGUUUCAUAUCAGAGUAGUCCUUCUACCUGGACCACCAUUUUGCAUCCUGUACAUCCUGUAGAAACUAUUUUAUACAAAGUAUUUCAGGUGUGGAAACCAUGGGAUCAUCUUGCACCAAUUCGGGCACAGAUGCGUAGAGAAUCUAAAGUUAUUACAAAAAGCUUUGCCAGUGUAGAAGACUGUACAGUCCAUCUUGUGCUACCUGUGUUUCCCUCCGACGCUGUAAAGAUUUGCCCAUGCAUUUCUUUUCAUUCUAGAGCUGUUGCCUUGAAUUGGCUAUAAAAAAAGCAUAGGAUUUAAUGUUAUAAACAUAUAAUUUAAAGAAGAAAAGACAGAUCUUUAAUGUGCUACUAAUACUUGGAUCAGUUGGUGGAUGUUAACUUGAGAACUUAUCUGCAAAUGUGUUUAUUCAUUUGUGUAAAGGAGAGUUGUUUGUUCUCAUGCAAGACCUUCCCUAUGUCACUGUAGUGUGUACAGUACAAGAGAGGCUACGGCAGUCUAAUUUCUAUAGGACGUGUGUGUCGGCCGUGAAAUCGACGUAGGGUGUGACUCUCAACGUGACGCAGAGGAACAUUUACCAGUGUGAAAGGACAGUCCACAUGUUUGCAUUGAUGGUUCUAUAUUUUGCACCACCUUUUCUGACCAGGGAAGAGACCUUUCAUAAUGAAAGUGACUCUUACCACACUAUAGUUAACUAUAAAGGUGCAAUAAAGUUGUGA